AUGGGUUUGAAGGGAAUUCGUACUGCUCUAAAGGUCGACCUCGACAAGCCUGCGCGUGAACAGCCUGGCUUACAUAACAGAUGGCAUCCAGACGUUCCGUCCCAUGGAAAAAUUGCCAACAAUGAGGUUGUCAAGAUCGAAUGUCUCGACUGGACCGGAGGCCAGAUCGGAAACAACGACUCAGCCGACGAUAUCAAGAAUGUAGAUCUAACCCAGAUCCAUUACCUGUCCGGUCCAUUCGACAUCGAAACCGCAGAGCCUGGCGAUGUCUUGCUGGUCGAGAUUCAGGACGUCCAGCCAUUCGAAGAGCAACCAUGGGGAUUCAGUGGGGUCUUCCACAAAGAGAAUGGAGGAGGUUUCCUAGAUCAGCUGUAUCCCGAGGCAGCCAAGGCAAUCUGGGAUUUUGAAGGAAUCUUCUGCUCAUCGCGCCAUAUCCCGCAUGUUCGGUUUGCGGGGCUUAUCCACCCUGGAAUCCUGGGGUGUGCUCCAUCGGCCGAAGUCCUGGCUGAAUGGAACCGUCGAGAAGGGGAGCUCAUUGCGGCCAAUACUGUCGCUGAUCGAAUUGUCGCUCAGCCACCUAAUCCCCAGAAUGCCCAUUCUGGCAAUGCUACCGAUGAGGUGAAGAGCAAGAUCGCUAAAGAGGGUGCUCGAACUAUCCCGGGCCGCCCGGAGCACGGAGGCAAUUGCGAUAUCAAGAACCUCUCCCGCGGAUCGAAAGUUUACCUUCCCGUCCACGUCCCAGGUGCGAAAUUCUCCGUCGGGGACCUGCACUUCUCGCAGGGCGAUGGCGAGAUCUCAUUCUGCGGUGCCAUUGAAAUGGCCGGUGUAAUCACACUGAAGUUCACAGUCAUCAAGAACGGCAUGGCAAAACUAGAUAUGAAGUCACCAAUCUUCCAUGCAGGCCCCGUAGAGCCGCAAUUUGGCCCUGGACGAUACCUCACGUUCGAGGGAUUCUCUGUCGACGAGAAUGGCAAGCAACAUUUCCUGGAUGCGACAGUUGCCUAUAGACAGACCUGUCUCCGAGUCAUUGAGUAUCUCCGGCGCUAUGGCUAUAGUGAUUAUCAGAUAUAUUUGCUGCUCAGUUGUGCGCCGGUGCAGGGUCAUAUUGCCGGUAUUGUGGAUAUCCCUAAUGCUUGUACUACGCUUUCCGUGCCGAUGGAUAUCUUUGAUUUCGAUAUUCGACCUGAGGCGGAUGUGGUCAAAAGGGAGAUGGGAGCUUGCGCUUUCGUGACGAAGUAG